UCUUUAAUAGCUUGGAAAUUAUUGCUUCAGUGUUGACUAUUCAAGUUUAAUCUUCGUCCUUUCUGUCAUACCACUAGAAAGUUGGACUUGUUCGCUUCCUACAUUAGGCACUUUAGGUAUCAGAUUUAACUUUCUGUGAUCAGAGUCCAAGUAAUGUUGGUUAACAGAUUAGUUUGGAAAUCUCAAGGGCGUUAUAAAAGAAAGGGCAAGCAAGCGAGAAACUUCCAUAAAGAUAAAUUUAUUAAACUUCUUGGUGCUUUAAGAUUUUAAGUGGAUUAAUGAUGUAAGAUUACUUUGAAGUUUAUGGUUCCUAUACUUGGGAAUGUUAUCAGAUGAGGCAAAUUUUUCUACAAUUAAUCAUCUUAAACACUCUUUUCUUGUUUGUUUCUCUUUAGUUAUCCAUGAUUCAGGAGGAGCACUGUAGGGUGUGUUGACAAAUGAUCCAUGGUCUUUUUUUUUUUUUUAAUGUCACCUUGUAGAUAAUCUAAACAUGUGGAAGGUUUUGUUAUUAAUUCAUCUAUAUGAUCAAAAUUCAUGUGCCUCUUUGGUGAUGUCACUUUUAUUCGUGGCAUAGGUGCAUCAAAGGGCUGGCUUUGGUCCAAAGGAAUGGUGAAGUAUUCUGGACAUACACUAAUUUCUUCUCUUACUCCUUUUUGUUGUGUCCUGAAAAACCAUGGCAGAUUGUCAUCAAGUCUGUUUUAUGGAAGUUCAACAAAGUCAAGGGUGUACCAUUACUGUAAGAGGAGCCACUUACAUACUGAAACUAUAAUGGUUUCUCUGCGUUAUCACCCUUCUUGGUUCAGUGUGGCACCAAUGAUGGAUUGGACAGAUAAUCACUUUAGGACUUUAGCACGGCUCAUCUCAAAACAUGCAUGGUUAUACACAGAAAUGAUUGCUGCAGAGACAAUUGUCUUUCAGAAAGGAGAUUUGAACCGAUUCUUGGCAUAUGGUCCAGAGCAACAUCCAAUAGUACUUCAGAUUGGGGGAAGUAAUUUGGAUAACCUCGCAAAAGCAACUCAACUUGCAGAUCCCUAUGGCUACGAUGAAAUCAAUUUCAAUUGUGGUUGUCCUAGCCCAAGGGUAGCUGGACAUGGCUGUUUUGGCGUGCGUCUUAUGCUGGAUCCAAAGUUUGUUGCUGAGGCCAUGUCAGUUAUAGCUGCAAACACUGAUGUACCUGUGAGUGUCAAAUGCCGAAUCGGUGUUGAUGACCAUGACUCAUAUUAUGAGCUCUGUGAUUUCAUAUACAAGGUUUCAUCGCAAUCACCUACUAGGCAUUUCAUUAUACACUCCCGAAAAGCAUUACUUAAUGGACUCACCCCAGCUGAAAAUAGGAAAAUUCCUCCCCUGAAAUACGAAUACUAUUAUGCUUUGUUGCGUGAUUUUCCCGAUCUACAGUUUACAAUAAAUGGAGGUAUACAAACCAUAGAUGAAAUUAUGAAGUCAUGGUUCAUGGAAAUUUCAUUGAGGCCACAUCAGGUAAAUGCAGCAAGAACAGAAGGUGCUCAUGGUGUUAUGCUUGGACGUGCAGCCUAUAGCAAUCCAUGGCAAACAUUGGGACAUGUAGACAGUUUAGUAUAUGGUGCACCUCGAAGUGAUCUAACCAGGCGUCAGGUCCUUGAGCAGUACCAGAUAUAUGGUGAUUCAGUCCUUGGCAAAUAUGGGCAAAAACCAAAUGUUCGGGAUGUUGUUAAGCCUUUGCUUGGUCUUUUUCAUUCUGAGCCUGGAAAUGCCUUAUGGAAACGCAAUGUUGACUCUGCUUUUCAACAUUGCACGACUAUAAAAUCCCUUUUGGAGGAGACACUGGUGGCAAUUCCUGACUUUGUUCUGGAUUCACCUGUUGGUGUGGCACCAUCUGGUUGCACAGAAGCUUUUGCCAAUUCAAAAAGUUUAUUACCUCCUCCAUAUAUAACCACGGAAAAAGAGAUCAUGUAUGCCUAACUUUAAAUGCAUGCAAAACUUCUGAUGUUCGCUAUGUAUUGCAAAGAUAUUCAGUAGUUUCUAUUCUUUGGGAUAUAAAUUGGAUGUCCCGUGUAAAAUCAGGAAAUUUCUUUUUAGGAUACAAGUAGGCUGAAAGGGCUUACAUGCAGAUAGGAUGAAAGGGCUUACAUGCAGACUCUUAGCUACCACUGUUCAGACUAACAAUGUUCUGAGUUAAAGAUUCUACUAAGUUAUUUAUAGAUUUAGGUUCCUUCUCAAGUGCACCAAUCUAUGCCUGUGGCAGAUAUUUUACCUAUAGACUCCUUAUGGUGCCCAUUCAAGUUUCCUGUAGUACUCGUAUUUCUGAAUUGGUACUAUUCAACAUGUGUUGAUUCGCCAGUUAUGAAUUUCAGAGAGAUUUGAACGA